GGCGGGAAGGAGGAAGCGAUGAAUCUGGCGGUUGGUCGGGGAGGUUAUGUAAACAUAUUGUGUGAGCCGCAAAUCCUGAAAAAGGACCUAACAGUCGCCCGUUAGCACUGAGCUGGACAGCAGCUGUUGGUGCGAUUUCUCUCAUUCACAGGCCCGGGUUCACGUGGCCAUCUUUAUUGGGGCAAUGUGAUGCAGGGCACAUGCGCGGCCGAUAUCUUUAUUGGGUUCGGGUGCAGCAGGGCGCAUGCGCGGCUGAAAUCUUUGCCAGGUGCAGCAAGGCGCAUGCGCGGCCGACAUCUUUACAGAUAAAAGCAACAAAAGCAGAAACUGCUGGAAAAACGCAGCAGGUCUAUCAGCAUCUGUGGAUGCUUAUCUUUAUAGAUAAGAUGCUUUUAAUGAAACAAUGGGGACAACUUGUUCCAUCAGGCUGCUACACACUUUGAGUUACAAUAUCUCAAUGAUGUGCAGAGAAGGAAAGGAAGCAACUCCUAUUCUCCUGAUCCCACAAGCACAUGGGACGUCCUGCCCCUUGAGUCCAAAGGUCUGCGAGUCAGUUCAGUCGCAUGAAGCCACCCGGCAGAAACUCACGACCCUGAGUAGACGUUAUCCUCAAAUCGAUAGAAUGCUGACGACGACCAAGGGCAAUGUACAGCGUGGCAUAGGUGCGGUCAUCCCUGCCCCUGUCAGCAGGAGGAGAGAAUGUUGUGGAUUUCUAUCCUGGACUGACAGGGAUGGAUUUUGGAAACUCCUUUUACAGGGAGUUAGAAAGAUGUGAAAACAGGAAAUUCAAGCCAAACACUGCAUGAAAAUCUGAAACAAGCAGUCAAUUCAUCAGGAUAUUGAAUAUUAUCGGCCUUUGACUUUUCACAGGGGAUUAGAAGGGGAGUAUUUGCAGUCAGGAAACUCAAACCAAACAUCACAUCGGGACUUGACAGAGUCGCCCAAAUUGCCAUAAGCUGAAUAUCAUCGGAUUUUGAACAUGGAAGGAAAAAGCGCCAUUCGCAGUGCGGAGAAACCAUAUGUGUGUUGUGUGUGUGGACGAGGCUUCAGCCAAUCAUCUGACCUAUUGAGACACAAGCACAGUCACACUGGGGAGAAACUAUGGAAAUGUGGGGACUGUGGGAAGGGAUUCAUUUCUCCAUCCAAGCUGGAAACUCACCGGCGCAGUCACACUGGGGAGAGGCCAUUCAUCUGCUCCAUGUGUGGAAAGGGAUUCACUCAGUCAUCCGCUCUGUUGACACACCAGCGAGUUCACACUGGAGAGAGACCGUUCACCUGCUCUGAGUGUGGGAAGGGGUUCAGUAUUUCAGCCCACCUGCUGAGUCACCAGCGAGUUCACACUGAGGAGAGACCUUUUAAAUGUCCAGACUGUGGAAAGUGCUAUAAAAGUUCUGGGGAACUGAUGCGCCAUCAACGUGUUCACACUGACGAGAGACCGUUUAGGUGCUCUCACUGUGGGACUGGGUUCAGGCGAUCAUCUGACCUCACUGUACACCAGCGAGUUCACACUGGGGAGAGACCAUUCACCUGCACAGUGUGUGAGAAGGGAUUCACCCAGUCAUCUGACCUGCUGAAGCACCAGCGAAUUCAUGCUGGGGAGAGGCCAUUUACCUGCCCUGAGUGUGGGAAGGGAUUCACUACCUCAUCCAUCCUGCUGACACACCAGCGAGUUCACAACGAUGAGAGACCUUUUAAAUGCCCAGACUGUGGGAAGUGCUUUAAAAAUUCCGGGAAACUGAUGUCCCAUCAACGUGUUCACACUGAUAUGCGACCAUUCAAGUGCUCUCACUGCGGGACUGGGUUCAGGCGAUCAUCUCAACUCAGUGCACACCAGCGAGUUCACAAUGAUGAGAGACCUUUUAAAUGCCAGGACUGCGGGAAGAGUUUUAAAAGUUCUGGGGACCUGAUGCGCCAUCAACGUGUUCACACUGACGAGAGACCAUUCAGGUGCAUUCACUGCGAGACAGGGUUUGUGCGAUCAUCUCAACUCACUGUACACCAGCGAGUUCACACCGGGGAGAGGCCAUUCACCUGCACCGAGUGUGGGAAGGGAUUCACUACUUCAUCCCACCUGCUGAGACACCAGCGAGUUCACAACUCCCGGCUCCAGCAGAAGAUUUUAAAAUUGAAAACUGAAAUUGUUUCAGAGUCUGAAUAUCAUCGGAUUUUGAACAUGGAAGGAAAAAGCACCGUUCACAGUGGAGAGAAACCAUACACAUGUUCUGAGUGUGGACAAGGUUUCAGCCGAUCAUCUGGCUUGUUUGAACAUAAAUGCAGUCACACUGGGGAGAAACCAUGGAAAUGUGGGGACUGUGGGAAGGGAUUCAGAUCCCCAUCUGAGCUGGAAACUCAUCGGCGCAGUCACACCGGGGAAAGACCAUUCACCUGCUCUGAGUGUGGGAAGCGAUUCAUUAAUUCAUCCAACCUGUUAAAACACCAGCGAGUUCACACCGGGGAAAGACCGUUCACCUGCUCUGAGUGUGGGAAGGAAUACACUUCUUCAUCCUCCCUGGUGACACACCAGCAUGUUCACACUGACAAGAGACCUUUUAAAUGCUGGGACUGUGGGAACUGCUAUAAAAGUUCCUGGGAACUGAUGUCCCAUCAGCGUGUUCACACUGAUGAGAGACCAUUCAGGUGCUCACACUGUGGGAUUUGGUUCAAGACAUUAUCUGACCUCACUGUACACCAGCGCGUUCACACUGGGGAGAGACCAUUCACCUGUCUCGCCUGUGGGAUGGGAUUCACCCGAUCAUCCAACCUGCUGAGACAUCAGCGAGUUCACACUGGGGAGAGGCCGUUCACCUGCCCUGAGUGUGGGAAGGGGUUCACUCACUCAUCCAACCUCCUGACACACCAGCGCACUCACACUGGGGAGAGACCAUUCACCUGUCCCGAGUGUGGGAAGGGAUUCACUCAGUUAGGCAGCCUGCUGAAACACCAGUCUCUUCAUACUGGUGAGAAGCCGUUCAUCUGCACCGAGUGUGGGAAGGGAUUCACUUGGUCAUCCCACCUGCUGGAACAUCAGCGCGUUCAUACUGGGGAGAGGCCAUUCAUCUGUUCUGAGUGUGGGAAGGGAUUCACUCAGUCAUCCAUCCUGCUGAAACACCAGCGAGUCCACACUGGGGUGAGACCAUUCAUCUGCCCAGAGUGUGGGCAGGGAUUCGCUCGGUCUUCCCACCUACUGAGACAUAAACAAGUCCAUACUGAGGUAACAACUUUCAAAUGUCCAGACUGUGGGAAGUGCUUUACAAGUUCUCUGGAAUUGAAGUCUCAUCAAUGUGGUCAUACUGAUUAGAGAUGGUUCAGAUGUUGUCACUGAAAUAUAGUGUUCAGGCAAUCAUCUCAACUCACUGUACACCGGUGUCACAAUGGGAAGGGGCAGUUCACCUGCCCCAAGUGUGAGAAGGAAUUCACUCAGUUAUUGCACCUGCUGAGACACAGUGAGAUCACAAUAAACACAGUGACUGGAUUUUGCUGUUGAUCACAUCGAGGACUGAACCAUGUUCACUGGGGUCUGUUUCUGCUGAUGUUAAACUCCAGCCCAGUUAUGGGUUUAGUAUUGUGGAGAGAAGUCAAAUAAACAGCUUUGUGUUUCA